AUGCAUCUAAUAUUCAUGGUUUCUUUGCUUUGUGUCUUAAAUAGCUCAAUUCUUGAGGAAAUAAAGGAAAUCCAAGAGAAAAAUCUGGGCCGUAAAUUAAGUGAAAGUGAAUUACAAAAUCUAAAAGAAGAGCUUGAAAAUGUUAAUGGUAUGGAUUCGGGUGGACUUACACCAUUCAUAAUCCGUGACGGUGAGCUUGUUGCAUCGCCAGAUGAUAGAUAUAGCAGCAUAGUAGAAAAAAAAUAUGUCGAGAAAGUAAUUUCAAGGCUUCCAUUUUUAAUGUGGAAUUCCAUAACACGCAUAUACAUACCUGGGGAUUCUAAAUGGUAUACGGAUUUAGUUGACGAGGUUUUUAUGAACGGCCCUCUUAGAAGGAUUAAUCUUGUAGAUCUCUACAAGUCUAAGAAAAUGGCUCUAGAUGACUUAAUAAUGAACGUGGUCAAAAAAGUAGUCAAUGAACUGGGAGAAUUUGGGAGGAAAGUUGUAAGUAAGGCAAAGAUUGAGGCUGAGAAAAUAACAGGCGAAAGUGUAGAGGAGGAAAUAAAAAGGAAGAUACUAAAUGAAGUUAUGAAAUAUGGAAGUGAUUUAUGUACUGCUGAAAAGAAAGAACAGAUAGUCAAGGCACAGGAAAUAGUGUGUAAGGGAUGCAGACAUCUUUGGAGUGACCCUGAGAGGAAAAUAAGGUUUAUUAUAGGUGUCAGCCUGAGAAACUUGGCAUUUAAAACAGAAAAUCAGUCUGAAAAUAUAGAGGAGUUUUUGCCCCAUUGCAUUAACAAUGAAUUAAUAAUAGAGAUAGAAAAUGAUAAAUAUGGCAAGAAAAUUGUAGCAGAACUCAUCUAUCAGGUAUUUCUGGAGAAUAGGAGCAUUACUAAGGAAUAUGCCAACAAUGUUGCAAAAGAGGUUGCUAAAAGAGAAAGGCAGAAAGAAAAGAGAGAAGAAGAAGAAGUUAAGAGAAUAGAAGAAGAAAAGCUUAGAAUUCAGGAGGAACUGAUAAAAGAAGAAGAACGGGAACAGGCAAAAAAGACUUUGGAGCAAAAUGUGAUAGCCAAAAAUAGACCGGGUAAAAAAGAAAAAUCUCAAUCCAAAAGCAAAGUUCCAAGAGAAAAGAAUGAGAAUGCACAAGAGGCAGAGAGAAAGGAAAGAAACCAGCAUGAGAUACAGGAAAAAAAGGGCUCUGGUAAAAAAUCAACUAGAGACACUAAGGUUUUUGAUCUUAAGAAAAAUGACAUCGCUUAUCACUAUAUGAUCCAUCCAAGAGUUCUUCGAUGGACAAAGAAGGCUGAAGCUAUUCAUAAGAUUCUACAGAAAGGAAGUGAGGAAAAUUGGAAGAAUAGAACCAUCGAGGAAAUCAUAGAGCAAAAAGAAGUUCAUGACAUAAUAGAGGUUGCAAAAAUCCUUAAAGAUAGACGUGCAGAUGAAUUUUUCAUCAAUACGGGAGUGUAUGUGAAAAACAACAGUAAGACAUGGAAAAAAAUAGUAAUUGCAACACUUGAAAGAAGAGGAGUGAAAGAGCCAGGAAUAGUGGAAGUUGGAGUUUUCAAGAAUAGACAAGGAGUGAAUGUUAUUUAUCAUUUGAUGUUCAGAUCUAUAUAUUCACAGAAAAUAGAAGAUAUCAUAAGUUCUGCACUUAAGAAAUCAGAUAACGUAGUAGACAAGACAAAAGAUUCUGAUGAGUCUGUAGACUUAUCUGGAUUUCAGUAUCCAAAGCCCGUACGCUGUGAAAUAGUAGAGGAAAACGGUAGAAUUAGAAUAACAUGGGGAGAUAUCAACAACACGGCCAUUAAAGUUCGGGAGCUUACUAUAUUUAGAAAGCCAUCAAGGCUGUGA